AUGGGUAAAGUUUUAUCAAAAGUUAUGAAAAAAUUAUCAGUUGACGGUCCUAAACGUAUUCUAAUGCUUGGUUUAGAUAAUGCAGGUAAAACAACAAUACUUUAUCGAAUGAAGCGUACAGAAGACUUUCAUACGGUACCGACUAUUGGUUUCAAUGUUGAAACAAUAUCUCCAUGUCGUGGAAUUUCAUUAACUGUUUGGGAUGUUGGUGGUCAAGAUCAUUUAAGAACAUUAUGGCAUCAUUAUUUUGAUAAUGUUGAUGGACUUGUAUUUGUUAUUGAUUCCACUGAUGCUCGUCGUCUUAAUCUAGCUAGAGCUGAAUUAGAAGGAGUUUACCAACAUGAAUCAAUGAGUAAUGUUCCACUUGUUAUUUUAGCUAAUAAACAAGAUACUGAUGAAGCUUUAUCAGCUGAAUAUAUAGCUGAAAAACUUAAUUUAAUUCAAUGGCCUGAUGGUACUUAUUAUAUUAUACCAUGUUGUGCACUAACUGGAGAUGGUUUAACAGAUGCAUUUACAACGUUAGCACAAAUGAUUCGACUAAGAAAGAAAUCACGUCGAUUAGGCAUGAUCUAA